AUGGCAGCACCGGUCCCACGACCAAGAGCGUCAGUGCUACCGCCCGCGAAAAAAAAGGCGGAAACGGCAACAACAACACCGAAAACCGAAACGCCGAAAACCGCAACAAAAACAGCGACGAAAACAUCGCGGCAACGCCGGAGCACUGCACGAAGGCGGCAAUUCUGGGACACGAGGAAGACCACCGACCCCACCACCUCCCAGCAAUUCCGCCUGGAGAAACCGGCGCCCCCAACCUCACCACCGGCAACACAUCCACGGUCACUGGAGGCGCCCGACACACCUAUCCCCGAGGCCAAGGCACCGGAGGUAGAAAUACCUACCGGACAAGCCGAGGUCACGGAGCAGAGAGCCACCGACUCCCCAAAACCGGACGAUAUGGAAAUAUCGCCGGAUGAGGAGGCGGAGCUGCUGUGCGACAUGGAUGUCGGUCCACAAGACGACGUGGAUAUGGAAACCGUCUUCCAAAACGUUAACCCACCCCCACGACACCACCACAACAUGGCUAGAUAG